AUGUCGCACGGAGCGGGGCUGGUCCGCACCACGUGCAGCAGCGGCGGCGGCGGCGGCGGCGGCGGGGGCCCGGCGGGGCCCCGGGCGGGCGCGGGCGCGGGCGCCUCGGAGGGGCUGGUGGACCCGGUGUACCCCCGCACCCACGGCGCCCUGCUGAAGGUGGCGCAGAUGGUCAGCCUGCUGAUCGCCUUCAUCUGUGUGAGGAGCUCCCUGUGGCUCGGCCAGAGCGCCUACCGAUACUUCGAAGUGGUCACCAUCUGCAACCUCAUCAUGAUCCUCGCCUUCUACCUGGUCCACCUCUUCCGCCUCUACCGCGUGCUCACCUGCAUCAGCUGGCCCCUGUCGGAGCUCCUGCACUAUCUAAUCGGCACCCUGCUCCUCCUCAUCGCCUCCAUCGUGGCCGCCUCCAAGAGCUACAGCCAGAGCGAGCUGGUGGCCGCCUCGAUCUUCGGCUUCCUGGCCACCUUCCUCUGCCUGGCCAGCGUGUGGCUGUCCUACAAGGUCUCCUGUGUGACCCAGUCCACCGAUGCAGCCGUCUGA